AAAAAGUGUCCCUUUUAUAGGGACCUGCUGCCUUUUUUUUAUUCUAAGAGAUCGUCUUAUAAAUUCUGCCCUCUGGCUCUUGCCCCUGUGGCCCAUAGCACAGACGGUUUCCAUGCUUUGAGACGAUGAGGGUGCCGGCCAUCCUCCUGCUCCUUCUGGCCUCAGCAGGACCUUCCUUCUCACUGAGUCCUGCAGAUUGCGAUGCAGCAGUGCCCAAGGCUGAGGGAAUCCUCCAUCUGAUCAAUGAAAGGCGAACCGAAGGCUUCCAAUUCCAGUUGUUGAGGGUCGCCGACGCCCACACUGAUGUUCAUGAAGAGAAAUCUGCCAUUAUCCACUAUUUGGUCCUGGACGUGAUAGAAUCUGAUUGUUCUGUCCUAUCCAGGACACACAAAGAAGAAUGCAGAGAGGAAGGUAUCAGAAUAGUUUCUGAAGUGGUCAUCGGGAAAUGCAAAGUGGUGGCCAUCACCCACCCUAACACCUCUUGUGAGAGGGAACUGGACGAGCUGAUUGAGUUCAACUGCACGACAAGCUCUGCUUCUUUUGCACUGACCAACAAAAGGCCCGGGCCUACCAUUAUUGACUACUUUGAAGAUCCAGAAUCAUAUAAGGAGCAGGCAGAGAAAGCCCUCAAGCACUACAAGCAGGAUCAUGUCAGUGCCUCCUCAUUCCAGGUGGUCAAAGUGGAGAGAGCUUUGCGAGUGGUAAGUCUGGAUGGAGCUUCUAAAUAAAUCUAAAAAUCUAGA